GACCGUAAAGAUCAAGGAGAACGAAAGGAAAAAAAAGACGGAUACCAAAUACUUGGCUGAGGAGCCGUGUCUUUCUCGCGACUAUUGGCCAUGCUUUCUCUCUUUUGUUUUGCUCUCUUCAGAAUAAGAGCAAUGGAGAUAAAUGGCCACUAGUAUAUGCCCAAGAUAUGGUUUCGCUUUGCCUAACUCCUUUGCCACCUUCAACACCACCUAUCCACCCUCGCAAACUCUUCGAAUCUUCUUCUUCUUUGUCUUUGAAUAGUUAUCAUUCUAUCGCAGGAGGAGCUUUAAAGCCCAUAGUCGUUAAUGGAAACCCACCCACUUUUGUUUCCGCUCCUGGGCGCCGAAUUGUUGCCGUUGGGGAUCUUCAUGGAGACCUUGACAAAACAAGAUGUGCACUUGAGAUUGCUGGCUUGUUGAGUUCUGAUGGUCAAGACUUAUGGACAGGUGGAGAGACGGUAUUAGUUCAGCUUGGAGAUAUACUAGAUCGAGGUGAAGAUGAGAUAGCUAUUUUAUCCUUGUUGAGAUCAUUGGAUAUACAGGCAAAAGCCAAAGGUGGAGCAGUUUUUCAGGUCAAUGGGAAUCAUGAGACCAUGAAUGUUGAAGGGGAUUUCAGAUAUGUUGAAUCGGGGGCAUUUCAUGAGUGUAUUGAUUUCCUGGAAUACUUGGAUGAAUGCAGAAGUGACUGGGAAGAAGCUUUUGUUAGUUGGAUUGGUGUGUCCGAAAGAUGUAAAGAAGAUAGGAAAAUGUCCCAAAAUUAUUGGGGUCCAUUGAACUUGGUCAAGAGGCAAAAGGGGGUGAUUGCCAGAUCUAUGCUCCUGAGACCAGGUGGUCUAUUGGCAUGUGAGUUGGCGCAGCAUGCUGUUAUACUUAAGGUUAAUGACUGGGUCUUCUGUCAUGGUGGCCUUCUUCCUCAUCAUGUUGCGUAUGGCAUUGAAAGGAUGAACAGGGAAGUAUCUCAUUGGAUGAGAGGUGUCAGUGAGGGUGAAAAUAGUCCUCAGGUUCCUUUCAUUGCUACCAGGGGCUAUGACAGUGUUGUAUGGAACCGCCUAUACUCAUCAGAUAUUUCAGAUUUGGAGGAUUAUCAGAUUAAGCAGAUACAUGCUAUUCUUGGGGAGACAUUGCAUGCAGUUGGUGCAAAAGCAAUGGUGGUGGGGCACACUCCUCAAACUGUUGGGGUGAAUUGUAAAUACGACUCUAGCAUAUGGCGCAUUGAUGUGGGAAUGUCCAGCGGAGUUCUUAAUUCGAGGCCAGAGGUUCUAGAAAUAAGAGAUAAUAUGGCAAGAGUUGUGAGGAGCAGAAGGGACACAUAUAGUCAACUCCAAAUUGCUGAUUAUACAAAUAAUCAAUCAAAAUGAAAGACGAGUAAAUGCUGUCGAUACUCUUGACUCCGAUACAGUUAUGAUAUACCUUGUAUUCUAUCAAUAAGUCGAAUGGUGGCAAAGGAGCAGAGUAGGUGGUGAUGAUUUAGAGGGCACAAGAAGAGGCAAAGCAAGCAUAUUCGAUGCUGAAAAGUGAAAUUAUUCUUUGGCCUGCCUUUGAUGUAAAUGGAAUUGCUUACACUGGAUGUAAAAUUCAUUCAUGCCAUCAUCAAUGAAAGUUGUAAUUAGAUUUCUGAGUAUAAAUGAGAUCAAGAGAAGAUAUAAUUCUAACAACUUUUGUUCA